AUUCGAUGUCAUUUGGUGAUGACUGAAGACCAUUUAAAAUAGUCUGGGUUUAAAAUAGCUUAUGGUUUAUAUAAUUUAGUAAUCUCUAAAGAACCUGUAAUGCACUUGGAGAUCCCCAAACGAUCUAAUAAAUAUUAGUUUGUUGCUUUUAGUUCGGUUCAAUUUAUCUCUGAAAGAUGUUUAUCUAUUUGAGCAAAAAGAUUGCCAUUCCCAAUAACGUACGUCUUCGCUGCGUGGGCUGGAACAAGGAACAAGGCUACAUCGCCUGCGGCGGAGAUGACGGACUGCUCAAAGUUCUCAAGCUUGAAGCUGCAAGCGGCAGUGGUAAAGAAGGAAGCAAAGCACUGGGCCUGGCAGCGCCCUCCACCCUCUCCAUGAAUCAGGCUCUCGAGGGACACUCUGGACAGAUCCAAGUAGUGGUCUGGAACAGCGCUCACCAGAAGCUUACUUCCUCAGACAGCUCUGGGCUUAUUAUCGUUUGGAUGCUCUAUAAGGGCUCAUGGUACGAAGAAAUGAUCAACAAUCGCAACCGGUCAGUGGUUCGCGGCAUGGCGUGGAACAGCGACGGUCAAAAGAUUUGCAUCGUUUACGAGGACGGCGCUGUGAUCGUGGGCAGUGUGGAUGGCAACAGGAUUUGGGGUAAGGAGCUGAAGGGCCAGCAGCUCACGGGUGUAGAGUGGUCGCCUGACUCGAACUUGCUGCUCUUUUCGCACCUCAACGGAGAAAUUCACGUCUACGACAACGCUGGGAACUUUGUGAGUCGUGUGCAGGUGCAGUGUCUGGGUACCAGUGUGGGGUCGGGGGCGAUGGUGGUGGGGCUAUCGUGGUACCACGGCCAGCACGGCCACGUCGAGCCCGACUGCCCCGUGCUCGCCAUCUGCUACGACAACGGCCGCAUGCAGCUCAUGAGGAACGAAGGAGAUGACAGUGAGAUCACGGCCGCUCUUUUUCUCAUUUAAAUUCUUCACGUUGGAAAGAAUAGCAUUAAAUUAGUUGCAUCAAAUAAAUUGUAUGUGGUGCAGUUCUACACGCCCUUUGGGGAGCACAUGCGGACACUUAAGGUGCCGGGGCAGGAGCUGACGGGGUGCUCCUGGGAGGGCAGCUCCCUGCGCAUCGCCCUCGCCGUCGACGCCUUCAUCUACUUCGCCAACAUCAGACCAGACUACCGCUGGUGCUACUUCGCCAGUACCGUCGUCUACACCUACACGCGCCCUGAGCGUGCUGAGACCUGCGUCACUUUCUGGGACACAGCAAACAAUGAGCACUACGUGAAGUACAUCAAAUACCUGAUGGGGAUGGUAGCGGCCGGUGAACACUGCGUGCUGUCCGUGCGCACAGACGACGGGUCAGGACAGUUCGGGCUCAUCAUCUGCAAUGCCAUCGGAACGCCCGUAGAUAGCAAGUAUAUCGACAUCGAGCCCCUGCAUGUGGCCAUGACGGCUAACUACGUCUUCGCGGCGUCCAAGGACAACUUCUACAUGUGGCAGUUCAAAGCCCCGCAGUCGCACUCCUCCGUCGCCAUGGCUGGUUCCGCCAAACUCGACCGCGCAGAAAAAAUGUUUCACGUUGACGAUUCACCUUCAGGUGCCGAACAGAACUUCAGGGAAGGCGAGAUGCUAUAUGAGGCGACGAGUGACCCUAUCUGCUGCGUGUGUGCGAGCAAGCGACUGCUGCUGGUGGGGCGGGAGUCAGGCAUGGUGCAGGUGUACAGCGUGCCUAGGGUGGCACUCACGUCACGUCACACGCUUCAGUGCCGUCCUCACAGACUCGCCCUCAACUCUGAUUCUACGAAGCUCGCCGUCAUCGACAUCACUGGUCUCAUGACACUAAUGGACCUGGAGGUCAAAAGCGGCCCUAGCAGCGAGGGGCAGGGCCAAAUCCUAAAGUUCGAGCGCAAGGACGUGUGGGACAUAUGCUGGGCCAGCGACAACCCGGAGAUGUUCGCGCUCAUGGAGAAGACCAAGAUGUGCAUCUUUAGGAACAUGGACGCUGAACAGCCCAUGCCCAGCUCAGGCUACCUCUGUUCCUUCAAGGACCUGGAGGUGACGGCAGUGCUGCUGGACGAGGUGAUGCAGGAUCCUGAGUUCCUUAACACCGACCACAUCCUGACGCUGGAGGCGAAGAGUCUCAGGGACACACGAGAGCUGCUCGAGAAAGUCUCCAUCAAAGACGCUGCAUCAUUUAUUGAGGAAAAUCCGCACCCCAGGCUGUGGCGUCUGCUGGGAGAAGCAGCCCUGCAGAAGCAGGACCUGGACAACGCUGAGUCAGCAUUUGUGCGCUGCAAAGACUACCCGAUGAUCCAGAUGGUGAAACGCGUCGCCGCCAUCCACAGCGAGAACAUCCGCAGGGCGGAGGUCGCCGCGCACUUCAAGCAAUACGAGGAAGCCGAGCGCCUCUACCUCGACAUGGAACGACGGGAUUUGGCGGUAGCAUUGCGUCGUAAGUUAGGGGACUGGUUCAGGGUGGUGCAACUCCUCAAGUCGGGGCCUGCUGGGGACGACACCAUGAUGGAGGAGGCCCUCAACAACAUAGGGCAUCACUACGCUGAUCGCCAGCAGUGGGAGGAAGCGGUGAAGCACUUCGAGCAGGCGCACAACCACGAGAUGUUGGCGCGCUGCUAUUACCAACUCGAGAACUUUGACGGCCUAGAGAACCUCGUUAAGAACUUGCCUGAAGGAUCGAGUCUUCUGCCCGUUGUUGCUGAUAUGUUCUGCAGCGUGGGCAUGAGCGAGCAGGCCGUCACUGCCUACAUGAAGUGCGGCAAAGUGAAGGACGCAAUCGACACGUGUGUGUCACUGAACCAGUGGCAGAAGGCGGUAGAGUUGGCGCGACAGCACAACGUCACCGAGACCGGGGGACUGCUCGGCCGCUAUGCAGAGGUCCUCCUGCAGAAGGGAAACAAACUGCAGGCCAUCGAGCUCUUCAGAAGGGCUGACAAGCUCAAAGAUGCCGCCAAACUUCUCUACAAGAUCGCAGAGGAAGAGAGCGAAAAGAAGCUUCAUCCGUUGCGCAUCAAGAAGAUUUACGUCCUGGCCGCGCAACUCGUCAUGGAGCACAACGCCAAGAUGGCCAAGACCAUGAAAGACGUUGGAGGCAGUCGCAGCGCGGCUCUGAUCGGCAUGUACGACGACCCCACCAACAUCGACAUGGGUGAUGUCAUUGACUCGGACACGUCAGGCAACGUCAGGAAAUUCUUGGACAGCCCUUGGCGCGGCGCUGAGGCCUUCCACUUCCUUCUGCUGGCCCAGCGUCAGCUUUAUGAAGGAUACGUUGACGCCGCAAUGAAAACUUGCCUGCACCUCCGCGAGUACGAGACCAUCAUCCCAGCGCGCGACAUCUUCUCUCUGCUGGCGCUGUCGUCCUGCGCCAACAGGGCUUUCGCCACGUGCUCCAAAGCCUUCAUCAAGCUUGAAGGCCUUCCUAACAUCACCGACGAAGAGCGAGAAAACUACGAGGACUUGGCCAUGAGCAUCUUCCUGAAGUAUCCGCCUAAAGACUCCCGCAGCAACCGAGCAGAGUGUACUAAUUGCGAGACGAUGAUUCCUGACUGGGUGAGCGUGUGUCCAAGCUGCAACACGAAGUUCACAGCUUGCGUGGUAACGGGCCGCCCCAUCAUGGACAACAGUGCAGCCUGGACCUGCACUGGUUGCCGCCACAGCGCCUUGCAUCAGGACAUCACCAUGCGCUCACACUGUCCUCUGUGCCACACUGUCAUCCCAUCACACUGAGUUAUGACGAGACGAAGCGUCGCACUAUACUGUGUCAACAUAAGGACUUUAUUGAAGAAUUCAAAAUUCAAAUAAUAUGUCUCGAUGCUCAAUCCCCAUUGGACCUACGUUUAGAAGGUGUAUGCCCCAUGUUUGAACUAAUAGUAUAGUUCAACCAUGGUAUGCUCUAUUUGGGCAUCGAAGAAGUUACGCGGAUGCGGAUCCAAAAUGACGCGUUUUUUAUAUUGAAAUUUUAGGGACCGACAUAAGUGCUACGUAAUAAUAAAACCUCAUUUUUGCAUCGCUUUGGCAUAAAUUUCAUAUUUAUAAUCGAGCUGUACGGCGCAUUUCCUUAAGUCGCCAUAUGAAUGGUGUUUAUUUGGGCAGGGUGGCCCAGUGGCUGCAAUAAUUAUUAUUUUGUCGAAGGACCUUUUUCUUUUGUGAUAAUCGUAAUGAAUUGCUGUUGUCCGAGAAUCAGGGCUGUCAACCUACGAUACUAUCGUUAAAGCAAAAACGGCUAGGCCGCCAUCUUGCGUAAAGAAGCCAGACAUCUUAGAGACAGAUGUUCUAUAAGAAGUCGAUUAUAACUGUAGUCAUGUUGUCAAAAAGUUGAACUCUUUAAUAAUAUGAUUUUAUUAGGUGAUAAUACUUCUCAUUGUAUUUGAUAAUGCUUAGUCAAUGUUCAUUUGUCUAGUCUAUUAACGAACUGGUAUCGACUCGCGCGCUUGCAAGUUAAUUAUCCUCGAGAGUUAUUCUAUCUCAUAUCAACUUUCACUUAUCAUUAUUUGACCAAAUGAUUAUAUUAUGAUUUUAUUUUAUUUUG